CAGAGAUCUCUUUCUAACACUGUAGACCACAAUACAACAUGGGCAAAGAGCGCUUCACGAUCAACCCGUUCCCGGCGCUCGCCCUCACCGACGUCGAGAAGAACCAGCUCCUGAAGUUGGGGCACACCAUCAUCGAGGCCAACUUCGAGCGCGACAACCCCUUCUUCAAAGGGGGACGCAAGGUCGACCCGCAGCGAUGGAAGCUCGCCAAGGAGCGCGAACGCAUGAAAGUGUUCACCGAGCGCCCCGAGUACGUCGGCGACGACGCCAUGACCAACUCCACCCACGCGUCCAAGCUGCCGGCCAUCCUGUCGGUGGGUCGGGUCGAGGGCAGGCUCGACGACAUGAUGUACGGCGUGGUGAACCCGACGCUCGAGGAAAUGCGCAUCAAGGCGUCGUACGUCCACGACUUUGACGGUGCCGCUGUGCUGUCAACCAUCGUGAGCCCCACGGAGGAGGAACCGUUCACGUCCGUCGUCGUGAAAUGGCUCGAGAUGGACCUCCCGCUACGCAGGACCGGCAUCGUUCAGAACCGCGACUACGUCUACUUGGAGUGCACGGGCUUCGUGCACAUGGCCAACGGAGAGCGUGCCGGUUACCACUUCCUGCACUCGAUCGACUUCCCGCAGAUCCCCAAGCUGUCAGACCGCGUUCGCGGCGACCUGUCCAUCUGCGGCUUCUUCCGGCAGGUCGGACCGAACGUGCUGGACGUGUGCAAGACGGGCUUGAUGGACCCUGCCGGUGACGUGAUCCGCAUGCUGGCCGUGCCGGUCAUGACGGAGGCGUUCCUGUCCCCUUUGCGCUACGUGCACUGCGGUCAGAUGCGUAAGUUGACGUGGAAGAUGGAGAACGCCCACGCGGAGGCGCGACUGCACGGCGCUCCGAACCCGGGGUCGUCAUGCGUGACUUGCUCCAAGACUUCGACGGGCUGGAAGCUCGGCAAGAGCGCGUCGACGUGCAAGAGCUGCUUCCGCGUCGUGUGCAGCAGCUGCAAGAUCAAGAAGAAGAUCAGCAUGGUGACGGCCGACUUGGCGCUGUCGGAGAAGAAGAUCACCUUCUGCUCGGCGUGUCUUGCGGACGCGUCCACCUCCAGCGCCGUGGACAUCGCUGCCGCUCAGAUCCAGGAGAACACGCGUAAGAACGGCAUUGCUCGCUCUGUUACGAGCCACUCGUCGUCCAGCUCCGACUUGCUGGCAUCGCGCUAG